GGAUGGCAAUUUUUAGUUUGAUUGAACUUUAUUGAAUUAUAGAUCAAGUGAUAAGGAAGACGUACAAAUAUGUUGCUGACUAUGAGAAGAUCUAUGGGCAAUAUUGCCAUCAGAUCUAUGUCCAGACAAAUUAUGCCUUCUAUUGUUGCAGUUAGAAACCUUAGCUCGAAUGGGAACUUCCAAUCUUCACUUUCAUUCUUUCAAAAGGAAAAAUUACCAGCCAACACGAUAGUUAGAUUCGUUCCACAACAAACAGCAUGGAUUGUCGAAAGAAUGGGUAAAUUCAAUAGAAUAUUGCCUCCAGGAGUGGCAUUCUUAAUCCCUGUUUUGGAUAAGAUUACGUAUGUUCAAUCAUUAAAAGAAUCUGCAGUGGAAAUUCCAUCUCAAAAUGCCAUUACUGCCGACAAUGUGUCAUUAGAAUUGGAUGGUGUUCUCUACAUCAAGGUCACUGACCCAUACAAGGCCUCAUAUGGAGUACAAGAUUUCCAAUUUGCCAUCAGUCAACUUGCUCAAACCACCAUGCGUUCCGAGAUCGGUGCCAUGACCUUGGAUGCAGUCUUAAAGGAAAGACUGCAACUUAACUCCAACAUCAAUCGUGCCAUUAACGAGGCUGCCAAGGACCAUUGGGGUGUUGAAUGUCUCAGAUAUGAAAUUAGAGAUAUUCACCCACCUCAAAAUGUUUUGGAGGCCAUGCACAGACAAGUAAGUGCUGAAAGAUCCAAGAGAGCUGAGAUCUUGGAAUCUGAAGGUAGUAGACAAUCCAGAAUCAAUAUCGCAGAAGGUGAAAAGCAAUCGGUAAUUUUAUCUUCCGAAGCAAACAAGCAACAACAAAUCAAUGCUGCUGCUGGUGAAGCUGAAGCUGUCUUAUUGAAGGCCAAGGCAACUGCUGAAGGUUUGAAGAAGAUUGCUACUGCCAUCAAGGAAACCCCUGGUGGAGAGCAAGCUGUUGCCUUGCAAGUUGCUCAAGAAUAUGUCAAGGAAUUCGGUAAAUUGGCUAAGGAAUCCAACACUGUUGUUAUUCCAUCCAACAUGGGAGACAUGGGUAAUUGGAUGGCCAGUGGUAUGGCAAUUUACAAUAACUUGAACAAAACCAUCAACAGUGAAAAGAAGUAAUAGGGAGUUCGUAAAUAGUUCAUGUUCAUAGUCCAAAAAAAAAAAACAAAUACAAAGGAAU